AUGGAAAAUCUCACAGGAGUAACAGAAUUCCUGCUUUCAGGGUUUUCUGAUACCUGGGAACUCCAGAUAUUGCAUGGUGUGCUCUUUCUGUUGAUGUACCUGUCAGCACUGGUGGGGAACCUUCUCAUCAUUAUGGUUAUUACUCUCAAUCAUUGUCUUCAUACACCCAUGUAUUUCUUCUUAAAAAAUCUCUCCUUUUUAGAUUUGUGCUAUGUAUCAGUCACCAUGCCUAAAUCCAUCCACAGCUCCUUGACACACAACAACUUCAUCUCUUAUCUUGGCUGUAUGGCUCAAGUCUAUUUUUUCUUUGCUUUUGCAUCUGCUGAGUUAGCCUUUCUCACAGUCAUGUCCUAUGACCGUUAUGCUGCAAUUUGCCAUCCCCUCCAUUAUGGGGCAAAAAUGACUUCAGGAAGAUGCCACCAGAUAGCAGCCAUGGCCUGGCUAAUUUGUUUUUUCUAUGCUGCAGUCCACACUAGCAACAUGUUUUGGGAGCCCAUUUCAAGAUCCAACAGAAUCCACCAAUUCUUCUGUGAUAUACCUCAUGUGCUGGCUAUAGUUUCUUGUGAGGUUUUCUUUGUUGAGUUUGUGACCCUGGCUCUGAGUUCAUGUUUGGUCAUGGGAUGCUUUGUUUUUAUGAUCAUCUCAUAUUACCAGAUCUUCUCUACAGUGUUCAGGAUCCCUUCAGUAGAGAGUAGAGCAAAAGCCUUUUCCACCUGCUCCCCACAGCUGAUUGUCACUGUGCUCUUCCUCACAACAGGGCUCUUUGCUGCCUUGGGACCAAUUACCAAGACUUCAUCUAUCCAAGAUUUGGUGAUUGCUAUGGCAUACACAAUUUUCCCCCCCUUCCUAAAUCCCAUUAUAUACAGUCUUAGAAAUAAAGAGAUUAAAACAUCUAUGUGGAGACUAUUUGGAAAAAUGUAUCUUCUGAAAAAUUAG